AUGAAACUAUUAAUAACUCUGAUUAUUCUGUUGAGCUCAUCGGAUCAAGUUCAGGCUUUCUCUGAACGCCAGCUUCAUUUUGAAAUCACUGAAGGUGUUCCAAACGGCACGCUAAUCGGUCGCGUUACUUACCCGGCCACUGGGCAACAUCUCCAUGAUUCUUCGCCCAGGAAUGAAAUUGCCCAGAAUGGCAAGCACGAGCAGAAAGGACGGCCGAUUCCAGAAGAAGACGAAGGGCCAGGAGAAGAGGCGCAGUUCCGCUUAAGUGGUCAAUGCGAUUUCGCGAGUUUUGAGCCGAAAUCGGGCGAAAUUCGAACGGCAGUCGAGAGAUUGGAUCGAGAGGCGAUUCGGGAGGCGAAUGCCACCUUUCGGAUGGUGCUCGUCUCACCUGGACAUGCCAACAUCAUCACGGUACACGUGCAUGUGCUCGAUAUCAACGAUAACCAGCCAGUGUUUCCAUGCACACUUCAGAAUGUUUCCGUUGUGGAGUCGGCCGCCAUCGGUACACGGAUUGCGUUGCAGUCGGCACGGGAUGCCGAUUUGGGCGAGAACGGCACCAUAGUGGAGUAUCGCAUCAUUUCAGAGGUAUUUUGCGAAAUUUUGUGGGAAUUUUUUGCGGAUUGA